AUGCAACCAAUAAGCUGUUCAAAUGCAAACCCAAAAAUGUUUCAAAGUUAUUCAGUCAACCCUAGAAUGAUGCAACUCAGAAUGCAAAUGGCAAAUUUUGUAAAUGAAAUUUGUUACAUUUGCUUCGGUAUUUGGUCAUCAAAUAUCCAGGACAAGAGAUAUGAUUUGUGUCAACACAUGCUGUGUAUGGAGGAAUUGACUUCAUAA